AUGAUGCCACAGCAGCCAGGCAUGAUGCAGCCGCAAUCUGGCAUGAUGCCGCAGCAGCCGGGCAUGAUGCCGCAGCAACCUGGCAUGAUGCCGCAGCAACCUGGCAUGAUGCCGCAGCAACCUGGCAUGAUGCCGCAGCAGCCGGGCAUGAUGUCGCAACACCCCGGUAUGAUGCCGCAGCAGCCGGGCAUGAUGCCGCCCAACAUGGUGGCGAUGCAGCAGCAGCAGCUCAUGCAGCAGCAGAAGCAGCAGAUCGAGGUACUCAAGAAGCGCUUCAGCGAGUGGACGCCCGAACAGCUCCACGCGCACAGCAAGAAGCUCGAGGCACUGGCCGAGUCGCUGCGUAGUCACAUGCAGAAGAGCGCGGUCGAUGCCAACAAGCAGAUGGAGCUCUUCCAAGGGUCCAUGGACCCGGCCGCCCGGCAGCGGUACCAGCACGCAGCCAUGGACGCGCAGCGGCAGCUCCAAGACUUUAAGGCCAAGUACCAGCGCUGCCUCACGCAGUACAAGAUCAUCUCGUUUACGAUCCAGAGCCGGUCGGCGUCAAUCUCGACGCCGCCAACGCCGCCCGCGCCCGCGUCGACGCCGCCGUCCGCGACAACGACCGUCGCGACUCCGCCCGAGACGACCACCAUGUCGCCAGAGCACGCCAAGCCCGAGCCGAUGGCCAAGAAGAUGAAGCCCGAGCCCAAGCCCGAGGUCGCGAUGCCGGCGGACGAGCCGCCGGCCGACGCCGCGUCGCCGUCGACGUACAUGCUGCCGCAGAUGACCGACAUGGAGAUCCGAGCGCACGUGGCGUCGCUCCAGUCGCAGCACUGUGCGUCGCUCACGGUCGCGCAGCUCAAGAAGAAGCUCGAGCCGCUGCUUCGGAGCAUGAUGGACCACAAGUUUGGGUGGGUCUUCUCGUCGCCAGUGGACCCGAUCGCGCUCAACAUCCCCAACUACUUUGACAUUAUCCGGCGGCCCAUGGACUUUGGCACGAUCAAGAAGAAGCUGGACGCGAACCUGUACAAGCAUCUGGCGCCGUUCGCGGCCGACGUGCGGCUCACGUUUCGGAACGCGAUGACGUACAACAACGAAGAGUCGGACGUCCAUCAGCUCGCCAAGGACAUGCUGGGCGACUUUAACGCGGAGCUGAGCAAGGUCGAGAAGGAAGUCGCGGCCGACGAGGCGAGUGCGCGCGCGCGGGACGGCGCGUGCAAGCUCUGCGGCAUGGAGUCGAUGGUCUUUGAGCCCGCAAUUCUGUACUGCAACGGCGAGUGCAACACGCGCAUUCGGCGCAACUGCUACUACUACUGCGCGCCGGACAACAAGUACCACUGCUGCACCAACUGCUUUCCCGCGUUGCCCGAAUCCAUCUCGGCGCCCUCGAACGACGGCGGCCCGUACGAGAAGAGUGGUCUCGUCCGCAAGAAGAACGACGAAGUCCACGAAGAGCCAUGGGUCCAGUGCGACCAUUGCAACCAGUGGGUGCACCAGGUUUGCGCACUUUUCCACCACAAGCCCGGGUCGGAGAGCAACACGAACGAGAAGGCGACCAACAUGAACACGGCGUUCCACUGCCCCGAGUGUCUCCUCUCGCUGCGCGCCAAGACGCCGUCGGCGUUUCCUGUUGAGAAGAAGCUCUUAUCGGCCAAGCAUCUGCCGCGCUCCAAGCUCUCGGACUUUCUGGAGCGCCGCGUGCAGCACUUGCUCGCGAAGGAGGCGGAGGCCGAUCCGUCAACAGGCAAGGCCGAUGCGCUCGUGAUCCGCCAAGUGAGCAACAUUGAGAAGCAGCUCAUCGUGCGUGACAAGAUGUAUGCGCGCUACAAGGAACACAAGUACCCGUCCGAGCACCGGUUCAAGUCCAAGUGUCUCUGCAUGUUUCAAGAGACGCACGGCGUCUCGGUGCUGCUCUUUGGCAUGUACGUGCACGAAUUCGACGAGCAAGAGAGCGCGGCUAACCAGCGCCGCGUCUACGUGUCGUACCUCGACUCGGUCAACUACCUCGAGCCCGUGCAUUUGCGCACCAAGGUCUACCACGAGAUCCUCAUUGGGUACCUCGAGUUUGUCAAGCAGCGCGGCUUCCACACCGCGCACAUUUGGGCCUGCCCGCCGCUCAAGGGCGACGACUACAUCUUGUAUUGCCACCCCGAGUCGCAGAAGACGCCCAAGAGCGACCGUCUCCGGCAGUGGUACGUCCAGAUGCUGCUCAAGGCCAAGGACGAAGGCAUCGUCGUCGACAUCCACAACAUGUACGACGAGUAUUGGAGCCACGCGGGCGCGUCGCCGAUGGCGCUGCCGUACUUUGAAGGCGACUACUGGGUCGGUCUCGCCGAAGACCUCAUCGAGAAGAUGGACGAGGAAGAGAAGGCAGACGCCAAGACGAAGAAGCCCGCGAAAGCGAGCGUCAACAAGCUCUCGAAGCCCAACAAGCGCCAAGGCAAGGACAAGGACAAGAGCGAGGCCGAAGUCAUCGAGUUCUCGGACCCGCUCAUGGCCAAGCUCGGCGAGGUCAUCAAGCCGAUGAAGGAAGACUUUCUCGUCGUGAACCUCUUUCCGUGCUGCAAGACUUGCAAGACCGUCGUGGGCGCGGGCACGGUGUGGAAGGAAACGAAGCCCGCGCCCAAGACGUCGGCGGCGUUUGUCUGCGACAACUGCUACCAAGCGAGCCCGCUCCCCGACGCCGCGUGGGUGCCCACGUCGCUGCCGCUUGUGCUCCGAGACAAGUGCGUCGACCCGGACGAGCUUCUCGAGAGCGAAGUCUUUGAUACGCGCCAAGCGUUCCUCUCGCUCUGCCAAGCCAACCACUACCAGUUUGACGACCUCCGACGGGCCAAGCACACGUCCAUGAUGACGUUGUACCACGUCGGUCAGCCGCCGAACGGGUACGUGUACAGCUGCAACGUGUGCUCGGCCGACAUCACGUCGGGCACGCGCUGGCACUGCAACACGUGCCCGGACUAUGACGUGUGCGAGUCGUGCCACACCAAGAAGGCCCAAGUCCACGUGCACAUCCUCGAGGCCAUCGGGACGCUCAACGACACGAUGCGCAAGGCCCGGGAAGAGCGCGCGAAGAGCAUUGCGCUGCACAUGCAGCUCUUGGUGCAUGCGAGCAGCUGCAACGCCGAGAAGGGCAACUGCACGUCGCUCAACUGCGAGAAGAUGAAGGAGCUGCUGCGGCACGGCGGCAACUGCAAGCUCCGCGCGACCGGCGGCUGCACAAUUUGCCGGCGCGUCUGGGCGCUGCUGCAGAUCCAUGCGCGCCAGUGCCGCAACGCCGAGUGCUCGGUGCCGCGCUGCAAGGACCUCCGCGAACACCUCCGCAAGCUCGCGCUCCAGCAACAGCUCAUGGACGACCGCCGCCGCGCGGCCGUGACGGAGCAGUACCGCCAGCUCAACACGACGGAGGCGCCGGUCGAAGGUGCAUCGGCCUAGGUAGAGUGUCUUGUGUCGACGAUCGUGACUUCGAUGUAGAACCGAGUUGCGCCACGUAGUAGUGUAAUGAUCCAAUAGUUAGAGAUUUUUUAGUCCCA